GAUUCGGUGGUCCGUCUUGGUAGUCUACCUACGGUCCUUUCAAAUGACGAAGACUGACAUAAACUCUCACGGAUGAACUAAAACGAAACGAAACGAAACUAAAACGAACGAAAACUACUACGUUUGUUGCUCGGUGGCGUUUUAAAAUAUUUGAAACAAAGUUAUUAACAAAGUCAGCGUUAGAGUCCGUGAGCUAUUUAAAGUCUGCAGAAUAUUCUGGACACACGCUGUGAAGUUUGUUUUAUGUUGGAUCCCAAACAGACUGACUGUUUUCACAGUUUAUUUUGUCAGUGUGGAGGGGAAAACAACAUCCUAGAUCCCUUAUUGAAAAUAUUUAGAAUCUAAUCCAAGUUGAUGGUACUUCAUAUUAUGUGAUAUUGUGUCAAAAAAUUAUCAAGCCAUUAAAAAAACCAACAUCCUUUCGCAGGAUACAACCAGAAACGGACCUCGAGGAGUGAGUUUAGAAUAUCAAUAGCACAUAAAGCAUUUGAUUUGCAGCCACAGAGAGAAAGUGGGGUGAGGUGGGGUUGGGGUAUCAUCUAACAUUUGUUUGUGAUAUUUCUUAUCUCUUGCAGUUGUUUUCUCAGCUCCUCUCUGUAAGGAACGAUGAAACCAACGGCUGCCCUGUGUCUGUUGCUCAUUUUAACCACGGACUUGUCUUUGGCCAAGAGAAGAGCAGGGUUAAACCUGUUCAAGAAAAUCUUUUCACCGAAAACCAAAUCCAACACGUUUAACCAACCAGCCCGACCUGGGAGCUACGCUAACCAAGGAGGUUUGCCUAACCAUCAACCAAGACAACCAGCAGGGGGCUACCCAGCAGGGGGUUACCCAGCAGGGGGUUACCCAGCAGGAGGUUACCCAGCAGGAGGAUAUCCAUACAGUGGAGGUUAUAGAGGAUAUCCCAAUCCAAACAACAGAAUCCAGAGUCCUUACCUGGGAGGCGGCUUUGGAUAUGGAGUUUACGUUGCUGGGGGUGGCUCUCCCUUUUCCCACUCAGUUCAGGCAAUGGGUGUGUAUCCCAAUGAAAAAUCCAAAGGGUUUGGACGCAGCGCAGCAAUGGCAGCAGCACAAGGCGCUGUUGCAGGAAUGGCUCUGGGCUAUGGACUGGGAAGGUUCCCACGACCGCACUUUGAAUUCCACAGUCCGCAGGAAGAGUACUACUACAAUCACUACAUUUACAGGAGGUACGGCGUCAGGUCGACUGAUGACAACGACUACGGCAGGGACUACCAGUACAAUCGACCUAUAGUGAUGUACGACAACUUCAUGGACUUGUGUGUGAAGAGAAUGGACCUUCUGCCUGUGGUGAGGCCAAGGACAAAAGACAAGACAGCUGCCACGACUGCGGCUACGACCACCACCACACAACAUGCACCUACUACAGCUACUACAACAGCUAGUACUACAGCUACUACCACAGCAGUAACAGCUACUACCACAGAUACUACUACAACUACUACUGCAGCACCACACACCGGCAGUAAAACAACAUUGAGAACUAGAACUGUAGCAGGAGUCACCACAACCUCUGCAGCAUCAACUCCGCAGCAUCCAAACAAGUCUGAAGUCAGUCAUCGUGACCCUGCUGCUGCCUCCGCUGCUGCCUCCGCUGCUGCUACUGCUGCUGCCACUGCUGCUGCUGCUGCUGCUGAUGAUGAGGACACAGUCAGUAUUGUGGAGAUCGGCUAUCCAGCACUGAUCCAGCAAAUGAAAGUUAGAAGAUGUUUGGAGUUAUACCUGGUUUAUUCUGAAAAGUACUUGAAGAAAAAAAAGCCCACCACCGAACACCCCCCCAAAGAUGGAACCCAGGGGCUUAAAAUGGGCCAGCACGCCUUUUUAGCAGUGGCCAUCAGCACGACACUGAUGAUAAUGAACAGCAACAUGUUACCAGGACUGGACUGACAGCUUCAGUGAGGGGGCAGAGACAGAGGGGGAUUAAAAGAAGAUUUCUCCUUCUUUGAGUUAGAAAUAAUAGAUUUACUUUCAAAGAUGUUCUUUUCUUCAGAUAUUGAUUAUUAUUAUUAAUAUUAUUAUUAUUAUUAUAGUCUUUAUUGCCAUUGUAAGACGGGGAUACAACGAAAUUGAGCCUCUGCUUUUAACUCAUGACCAACUGCACACCGAAUACAAAUAAAUCAGCCUACAAUGGUGUUCAAGAUAUGCAUUCCUUUUUGAGUUCAAAUAGGGAGUUCGCUGUCCUGUCUGUUAAAAGGAUUUACAAGACUGCGGUGCCGCUAGUGAACAGCAGAGGGCGUGCGAGUGUAAGGAAAAGAAUGAAAAUGUUUUGUAACGUGAGUGCAACGUUUACUAUAAGAGUAUAGAGACCAUUCUCCUAAGAUUAGUAUAGACUUCUAACAUAUUUGAACCAGGAAUCUUUGUUUUUGUUUUGUUUUAUUAUUGACUCAUACACAUCAUCAAUGAAUUAUUUAUCUGAGAACUCUUGACAGAUCUGACAUCAAAAAUGUGAUCAAUUAUCCAUCCAUCCAUCCAUUUUCAUCCGCUUAUCCGUUACCGGGUCGCGGGGGAAGCAGUCGCCACCCAAAUCACAUUGCACCGUACCUAAACCUUCCUGCAGGUGGUGAAUCCACUGGAAGGUGUGAUCAAUUAUCUUAUAAGUAAGUCUAAUAAUCAGUCAUAGACACCAGGUAAAAAUAAUAA